AUGGACGCUCAAGGAGACGCCGGUGCACAGGGUGGAAGCCAGGGACCACGACCAUCUAACAAGCGUCUUCAACAGACACAAGCUCAGGUCGAUGAGGUCGUCGGAAUCAUGAAGGUGAACGUGGAGAAAGUCUUGGAGCGUGAUCAGAAGCUCUCGCAAUUGGAUGACAGAGCUGACGCUCUCCAAGAAGGUGCAUCGCAGUUCGAGAAGUCGGCUGCUACUCUGAAGCGCAAGUACUGGUGGAAGAACAUCAAGAUGAUGAUCAUCAUGUGCGCCAUCGUCGUUAUUCUCAUCAUCAUCAUCGUCUUGUGGGCCGGAGGAAAAUAA